GCCCGAUGUGGGGCUCUAUCCCAUAACGCCCAGGAUCACGCCCUGUGCUGAAGCAAAGUUGGAGUAAUCUGUCAUCUGUCACAUAGGGAUUGCUGGCCAUUCCCAGCAAGUGGUGACCCCAACGUGACCAUCUUGCAACGGACACUGUAUGGAUCGCCCAAAAAGAAAAAGUCUGCACGCGUGUCCUCUGGGAUCUCCUAUAGCUUGGGAACUGAUAGGACAUCACAUCUCCUGUGGACAGCACAUCAAAGGACCUAUUUGAGAGAUAGACAAUUACCUCUGAUGGUACCAGUGUCAAAAGGUAAGAAUAUAAAAGCUCAACCACCCUUGAGCAGAAUGAGCCGGGAAGAGUUGGAGGACAACUUGUUUCGUCUUCGUGAAGAACACAUGUUGGUGAAGGAGCUUUCUUGGAAGCAACAGGAUGAGAUCAAAAGGAUGAGAACAGCAUUGCUCCGGCUGAGGGCGACGGGUAGGGACCCGAGGGCGGAGGCGGCCGAGGCAGACCAGCCGGCAAGGCGGCGGCGGAAUGUGGGGUGGUGGCAGCCCCCCGCUAAGCACCAGCGCCCCCUGAUGCAUGGGCUGCAACCACAGUUCCAGCGUGUCGGGCCCCCUGCUCCCCGAUGCUGGCAGCCCCGGAUCCGCGCGGGACACAGACAGCUCCGCACCGCCGGUGCACCAUCCCCCGAGAAACCCAAGAGGGGGCCCAGUGACAGGCUGAGUUACACAGCUCCUCCCACAUUCAAGGACCAUGUGACAAAUGGGAAGACCAGAGGUGAAACACCCAGUGAACUGAAUACUAUGCGAGUGGAAGAUCCACCCAAGUCUGCUGAGAAAAUGUGGUCCAAAGAUGAAGAUUUUGAACAGAGACGCUCUUUGGAGUGUGCUCAGAAGGCCACAGAACUUCGAGCUUCCAUUAAGGAGAAUAUAGAGCUGAUUCGGCUUAAGAAGCUCUUGCAUGAAAGGAAUACCUCACUGGUCGCAACAAAAGCACAGCUAACAGAAGUUCAGGAGGCAUAUGAAACUCUGCUCCAGAAGAAUCAGGGGAUCCUGAGUGCAGCCCAUGAUGCCCUCCUCGGGCAAGUGAAUGAGCUCAGGGCAGAACUGAAGGAGCAGAGCAAGAAGGCUGUGAGCUUGAAGAGCCAACUGGAAGAUGUGUCCAUCCUGCAGAUAACACUGAAGGAGUUUCAGGAGAGAGUUGAAGAUUUGGAAAAAGAACGAAACUUGCUGAAUGACAAUUAUGACAAACUUUUAGAAAAGUGA